GGACACGUCGACUUUCCGUUCCACUCGAAAUUGCCCUUUUUCUGUUUUACACCACCCACCACUGGUUUUCUUUUCUUUAUACGUCGUCGAUUGUCUGUCCAAAGGCCAUGACAGAGGCCUACCCACUCCCUUCACACCUUUCGCCGGCGACGGUCGCCAAUACCGCUUCACUUCUGCGUAUCGUUGCAUUAGCUUUAAUAUCUGGUGCUGCCAUUGCUUCACGUCUCUUUGCUGUCGUCAAUUUCGAAAGUAUCAUUCAUGAGUUCGAUCCAUGGUUCAAUUAUCGCGCCACUAAAGUAUUGGCCUCACAAGGCUUCUAUGAAUUCUGGAAUUGGUUCGACCCCACAGCCUGGUACCCUCUAGGUCGAGUGGUUGGUGGAACUAUCUACCCAGGACUCAUGGCCACCAGUGGUGUUAUUUACAAUUUCCUCCACGCACUGAACUUGCCCGUCGAUAUUAGGAACGUCUGCGUUCUUCUUGCACCCGGCUUCAGCGCCCUCACCGCGUGGGCUACCUAUAUGUUCACGAAAGAGUUGAAAGAUGAAAGCGCCGGUCUCCUUGCUGCGGCUUUCAUUGGUAUCGUUCCCGGAUAUAUCUCCCGUUCCGUCGCCGGCUCUUACGACAACGAGGCUAUCGCUAUCUUCCUCUUGAUGUUCACGUUCUUCAGCUGGAUCAAGGCCUUGAAGCAGGGAAGCGCGUUCUUCGGGACUAUAGCUGCCGUUUUCUACUUUUACAUGGUGGCCGCGUGGGGUGGUUAUGUGUUCAUCACGAACAUGAUUCCUCUCCACGCUUUGGUUCUGUUACUCAUGGGCCGCUUCACGAGCCGCUUAUAUGUCGCGUACUCGUCGUGGUAUGCCAUCGGUACCCUCGCGAGUAUGCAGGUCCCUUUUGUAGGUUUCCAACCCGUACGAACGAGUGAACAUAUGGCUGCUCUUGGUGUAUUUGGACUAUUGCAGAUUGUUGCCUUUGCACAGCUUGUUCGCGCUCACCUUUCCUCUAAACAAUUCCAAAACCUCCUUUUUGUCUCUGUCAUUGCCGCCGGUAUACUCGGUGCUUUAGGAAUUGUCGGUGCUACUUACAAGGGUUGGAUCGCUCCCUGGACUGGCCGUUUUUACUCCCUCUGGGACACAGGCUAUGCCAAAAAAUACAUUCCAAUCAUCGCAUCCGUGUCUGAGCAUCAACCAACCGCAUGGCCCUCAUUUUUCAUGGAUUUACAUUUCUUGAUGUUCCUUUUCCCAGCAGGUGUCAUCCUCUGCUUCCGCGAAUUCCGCGAUGAGCAUCUUUUCGUGAUCAUCUAUUCACUCAUGGCCAGCUACUUUGCAGGGGUGAUGGUCCGGUUAAUGUUGACACUCACCCCCGUCGUGUGUGUGUCUGCGGCAGUUGCUCUGUCUACACUCUUGGACACGUAUCUUGAUCCGAAGGAGCCCGAUACUGCGAACGAUAGCAAUAAUGAGAGUGAUGCCGGAACUGUCGCAUCAAAUGGCGCUUCAACUAGCGCUGCUACAUCCUCUUCGAAGAAAACGAAGAAAGACAAGGAAAAAGUGGCUCAAGCUCCUGCUGGUGGUGCAUUAGGCAACUUGGUCACUGGCGUUGCUUCAUCUGCUGUAGCGGCGAAGAAGGGAGAGAAGGCUUUCGCCGCUAAAGGCAUAUUUGGACUUGAUACUCGUUUUGCCGUUCUUAUCAAUGUGUUGGGCAUGUUGUUCUUCUUCGUCGUGCACUCUACAUGGGUAACAUCGAACGCGUAUUCAUCUCCCUCUGUUGUGCUUGCCUCGCAUAACCCGGAUGGAAGCCAGAACAUUAUUGAUGACUUCCGCGAGGCGUAUUAUUGGUUGCGUCAGAACACUGCUGAAACAGCUGUUGUCAUGAGUUGGUGGGAUUAUGGGUACCAGAUUGCAGGUAUGGCUGAUAGGCCGACAUUGGUCGACAAUAACACCUGGAACAACACCCAUAUCGCCACAGUAGGAAAGGCCAUGUCGAGCAGCGAGGAAGUUGCAUACCCAAUCCUGCGCAAACAUGACGUCGAUUAUGUUCUUGUCAUCUUCGGUGGCCUCGUCGGGUACUCAGGCGACGAUAUCAACAAGUUCUUAUGGAUGGUUAGGAUCGCACAGGGUGUUUGGCCCGACGAGAUACAGGAGCCGAAUUACUUCACUGCUACCGGAGAGUACAGGGUUGACGAUCAGGCCUCGCAUGCGAUGAAGAACAGCCUGAUGUACAAAAUGUCGUAUUACCGUUUCGCAGAACUCUUCGGAGGCAGCCAAGCUCAAGAUCGCGUCCGUGGACAAAUUAUGCCGCAAACUGGCCCGACUCUCGAUUGUCUCGGUGCGUAUUAUUUCGAUUACUCGUCAUUUCUUCAAGUUCUGAUGCGCUUUCGUGCAGAGGAAGCAUUUACAUCAGAGAACUGGAUAGUCCGUAUUUACGAAGUCAAAAAAGAAGACUUACUGGGUCGCGAUCUCAAAAGUGCAAACGCUUUCGAGCAAGGAAAGAAGCGCAAGCGCACCAAACCUCUUUCGAGACGGAAAGCUAUCGUGUAAAAGUAUUUCUAGUGCCAUAAAAAAUACAUGUUCGUUUUGUUGCAUUUCCAUUCAGUUGCUUGAAUGCACGUCGAAAAUAAACGAAUGAAGCUCCC